ACACUGAAAGCAAAAAAAACAUUCUCACGUUGCUCGCGAGCAUGUGCGAGUGUAGUAAUGUGUGUUGUAAACCGGUGAAUAGAUUCAUGUUGUUGGGAUUUUCGUUAUGAUUUAGGUCUCCAGAGUUCCCGGACUGGUGUCAACAAUGAAGUUCGCAUACAGGUUUUCAAAUUUGUUGGGUGCGGUGUAUCGUCGUGGAAAUUUGAGUUUCUCCAAGGAUGGCGACUCUGUGAUCAGCCCCGUGGGGAACCGCAUAUCUGUCUUCGACUUGAAAAAUAAUAAAUCCGAAACAUUGCCCAUCUCCACCACAAAAAACAUCACCUGCGUGGGCCUCUCUCCUGAUGGCAAUUUGGCGAUUCUGGUUGAUGAAGAUGGUGCAGCAGUGCUGGUCAGCCUAGUGACACGGGCAGUGCUCCAUCACUUCCAUUUCCAUAAGCCUGUCAGCAGUGUGCGCUUCUCUCCUGAUGGCAGGAAGUUUAUUGUGACCAAAGAGAAUGUGGCUCUGAUGUACCACGCCCCAGGGAAAAAGAGGGAGUUCAAUGCCUUUGCUUUGGACAAGAGCUACUAUGGGCCCUACGAUGAGACCACCUGCAUCGACUGGACCGAUGACUCCAAGUGCUUCGUGGUGGGCAGCAAAGACAUGACCACCUGGGUAUUUGGAGCAGAGAGGUGGGCUAACCUGGUGUACUACAGCUUGGGCGGACACAAGGAUGUGAUCGUGGGCUGCUUCUUCGAGCAGGACAGUCUGGAUCUCUACACAGUGAGCCAGGACGGGGCCCUGUGCGUAUGGGAGUGCGACACUGAACCCGAUGGCCUGCUGACUCGGGGCCCCAAGGGUCCAAGCGGGCCCCAGGAGAAAGAGAAGGAGACGGAGGAGAGAGAAGACGGGGAGGAGAGAGAAGAAGGCGAGGAGGGAGAGCCCCGGGGGGAGGUCAUCCGGGGAAAGGCGGAUGGGAACAAGCAGAAGGAGGGCACCAAGAUGGUCCGAUACAAGCGCCGGGGCAAGCACUUCUUCAACAAGGAGGGUGACUUCAACAACCUGACGGCUGCGGCGUUCCACAAGAAGAGCCACCUCCUGGUGACGGGCUUUGCUUCCGGAAUAUUCCACCUGCAUGAGCUCCCCGAGUUCAACCUCAUCCAUUCACUCAGCAUUUCUGACCAGCAAAUCAACUCCAUAUGUAUCAACAGCCCAGGGGACUGGAUCGGAUUUGGCUGCUCAGGUCUGGGCCAGCUGCUUGUGUGGGAGUGGCAGAGUGAGUCCUAUGUAUUCAAGCAGCAAGGACACUUCAACAACAUGGCCGCCCUGUCGUACUCUCCCGAUGGACAGUACAUUGCCACCGGAGGGGAUGAUGGGAAGGUGAAGGUGUGGAACACCAACAGCGGCCUGUGCUUCGUCACCUUCACGGAGCACACCAGCAGCGUCACCGCCGUCACCUUCACCUCCCGCGGCUUCGUCAUCGUCAGCGCCUCCCUGGACGGCACCGUCAGAGCCUUCGACCUGCACCGGUACCGGAACUUCCGCACCUUCACCUCGCCCCGCCCGUCGCAGUUCUCCUGCCUGGCGGUGGACAGCAGCGGGGAGCUGGUGUGCGCCGGGGCACAGGACUCCUUCCAGGUCUUCCUGUGGUCCCUGCAGACCGGCCGCCUGCUGGAGGUGCUGGCGGGUCACGAGGGCCCGGUGAGCUGCCUGAGCUUCAGCCCGGUGCGGUCAGUUUUGGCCAGCACGUCCUGGGACCGGACCGUCAGGCUGUGGGACAUGCUGGACAGCUGGCAGACCAAGGAGAUCCUGCAGCUGACGUCCGACGGCCUGGCGGUGACGUAUCGGCCAGACGGUGAGGAGCUGGCCGUGGCCACACUGGACGGGGAGAUCUCCUUCUGGAACCCCCAGACAGCCACUCAGACCGGCUCCAUCGUCGGGCGCCACGACUUGCAGACGGGCCGCAAGGAGACGGACAAGAUCACAGCCAAGCAGGCGUCCAAGGGCAAGUCCUUCACCUCGCUGUGCUACUCCGCGGACGGGCAGUGCAUCCUGGCGGGCGGCCAGUCCAAGUUCGUCUGCAUCUACAACAUCGCCGAGCAGAUCCUCAUGAAGAAGUUUGAGAUCUCCUGCAACCUGUCGCUGGACGCUAUGGAGGAGUACCUGGACCGGAGGAAGAUGACCGAGUUCGGGAGCCUGGCCCUGCUGGAUGAGGGGGUGGGGGACGGGGACACUGUGGCUCUCAGUCUGCCUGGAGUCAGGAGAGGAGACAUGAGCUCGCGUCAUUUUAAGCCUGAGAUUCGGGUCACCUCCCUCUCUUUCUCCCCCACUGGGCGCAGUUGGGCGGCCAGCUCCACGGAGGGCCUGCUGGUGUACUCCCUGGACGGGACGCUGGUGUUUGACCCCUUCGACCUGGACCUGGACGUGACGCCCGCCAGCGUGCGCCGCCAGCUGAGGCGGGCGGAGUGGGCGGCGGCCAUCGUGCUGGCCUUCCGCCUCAACGAAGCCGCCCUCACCAGGGAGGUGCUGGAGGCCGUCCCGCACGAGCAGAUCUCGGUGGUGUGCGGCUCUCUACCUGAUAUUUACGUUGAGAAGCUGCUACAUUUUGUGGGGUCAGCUUUGGAAAGUUCCGGGCAUCUGCAGUUCUACCUCACUUGGGCCCAACGACUCCUGACUCUGCACGGACAGAAACUGAAGAACAGGUCAGGAGCAAUACUGCCUAUCAUUCAGUCACUGCAGAAGAGCAUUCAGAGACACUUUGAGGAUCUGUCUAAACUCUGUGACUGGAAUAUCUACAACAUCCAAUACGCCAGGGCCCUAUCCAACCAAAAGGGGAUCAAGAGGCCGGCUGCCGACUCCCUCAGUGAAGAGGAGGAGGAGGAGGAGGCAGAGGAAGAGGAAGAGGAAGAGGAUUUGGAAAUGGCGUCCAUGGAGGAGGCCGACACACUCAUUUGAGCAGAACUCAGAGCUCUUCUGGCCUAUUGCAUUCUGGGACUGAGAAAUCUCUAAUGGUUUACCCUUGAACAAACUGUAAGGACAGGAACAUGACGGUGGCCUCCGAGAUCUACAGCCUUCAGCUUCCUCUUCCCCGGAUUGAAACGGACCCAUUAAGUCAGACGUUGCACCCAAGUUUCUAAAUCAAAAUAUAUUUACUUGCUUUUUCUAGUUUAAAAAAAAGGAGGAAAAAAGCCUUGGAAUUGCAUUUUAGUAGAUGUUCCCCAGUCAGCAAGAGUUGAGAGGCUCAGUGAACACAGAUUCUUUGAUCUGAUAAUUGUCAUAAUUAAAAGUUAAAUUAAUCACCGAAGAGCGGCUGAUUCCUGAACACUUGAUUCUGUUUAAUAUGAUAAUGUGAGAGUACACGGUGUGUUUCACAUUAAAUAAUUGAGUGAUAUUCCAAGAGUGGAUUUGAGAGCUGAAGAGUGAGAGGUGAAUUUCAUUCCCUUGAAAUAUUUUAAGGGCUUAAGUCAAUGUCUUCAAUGUAGCCACAAAAAAGGAAUCUAAUUAUAACAACACAUUUCCAUCGUUGACUUUUAAAAUCUGUAGAACAAGCUUGUUCUCAGCAUUACCAUGUGUGAUACAUGCUUGCUAGCACAUAUUCAGACAAACUAGUUGAAAGAUUUAGGACAGAGCUAAAUAAAUACUUCAUGGGUACACAGUACAAGACUUGUGGAGUCUUCAAGGAGUUCCUGUUUUGUUUGUUCUAAACUGAGCACGCACAAUAAACGGCAACAGCAACUCCAAUAAACAAGUAUUUUUUGCAGACACGGUUUCGUUUGUUUUUACCCUUUCCUCUGCUUUUGUAUUACACAAGUAGCACUAUUCUAGAUUUUCACGAGAAUCCCUUUUGGCUAUUGUGCGUUCUAUGAAGUCGGCAUCAUUUAAUGUUAACAGUGUUAUAUCGGUAAAACGGAACAAAACGCAUUUAACUUUAUUAACAGGCUUUAUUGACAGCAGAAAGUUGUAAUGUUUUAUAUAAAGUAUACCAAACAUAUAAAUAUAUAGGUAUACACAUUAGGGGUGGGAAUCACAGAGUAACUCAAUACAAUGUUAUCACGAUACUGCUGUUUCUGUGAUUUGUGAUAUAUUGCAGGAUAAUCAUCUACAAUACCUCGUGUGUAACUGAAGAAGAUAUUUACAUGAUUUUAACACUUUGAUGCCUUGUCAGUUUCACAGAAUUUUAAACAACAGUGAGAUGAAUCCGUGUAAAACAAAGUGCAUAGAGUCUUAGCGUUUCAAUACAUGCACUGGCUCCAACAUGUACACCUGUGCCGUCAAUCAAAUUCAAAACAGCCAUAAACUGGCAAAAGGCUAAACAAUCUGUAAAAUAUCUAAAGGAAAGAUACAAAAAUGUCUCUUGGUAACUCAAAUAGUUUAAAUCUGUGCAAAUUAAGUUUGACAGAAAACUCAAAAUAGCAAAUUACUUAAAAGAAAAAGCUUUCAUCGACCAUGAUACUGUAUGGCCUUGUUUCAGUUCACAUAUAAACUUGAAAAGAUUCUCUGAACAUUCAGGCUCUAGUGCCAAAUGAAUAUUUGCUGCUGUUUUAGUUGAUGAGCAAGCAUAGUGUCAUGCAAUUUCUGAGUCAGGAAGCAUUUAUUGGAGUAGCAUUCCAGCUUUCCUACAGGAGUGAAAAAAGACUGCCAAAAGAGAAACCAAUCAGAGUGUAUGAUGUCAUAUACUUUAUUUGGUAGGGACAAUGCAACAUAGUACCACUUCAACUCGUUACAAACAAGUUGAUGUAACCGAUGUACUGCAUACAGAGAUUAUAGCUAUUGCUAGUUUCCAACUCCUGUCCCUAGUUGACGAGAGAUGCAUUUCUUUAUUUUUAUUAAAUUUUUUUUUUUUUUUUUUACUUGACUCACUUGAGAUGUUUUUUCUAACCAUGGGAUAUGGGAUUGAUAGGGCAGAGACCGGGGACAUUACUGGUGUCACAGGGAGCUGAUGAUGCUGUAUAGCCAGGUGGGACGCCAGACUCGGCUUCACCCAAUCAGAGCAACUAUCCUCCCCUGAUCAUUCAUUAAGUAUUCAUGGGCCAAGAGAGGAGGGGGUGUGUCCCUCCCCCUUUUUCAACUACAUAAAAUGUGGGCGUAUCUGUGCUGGGUUGGUCAACGUCCAGGGCUGAUAUCUGCUGCGGGUGUCUGGGGAAUCUGAACCUUGCAUGUGGAGCGGGUGUUUAGAGUGCGCAGGGCAUUACAUCCUCAGCCAUACAGCUCAUCUGCCAUUUUCACAUUUUCAUCCCUGGCUUUUGAGAAUAUUCUACUGUGUUUUGGGUUUUGAACUUUGGUCUUGGUUUUUUCCUUAUCUUCAAAGAAACAAGCUGUGGUUCAAUAUUGUCUUUCUUUGAUUCAUUUCUUUUGGGACUAGAACCUGUUCAUGUCUGCAACAUUCAUGGUUUGUUAAGGUAGUUGAACCUUUGUCUUUAGAUGCUGAAUAUGUGUAAUAAAUAUCUUCAUUUUAA